CUUUAGCACUCUUGUCUCAUUUCGUAAUGUUGGUGAAUCAUUGGGACAAUUAAUGAGAGAGUUUGGAUGGAGACAAAUGUCAAUCAUUGCACAAGAUGACCACCUUUUGUUCAGUAGAGUGACUGAUGAGCUAGCCAGUGUUAUUUUUAAAAAUGAAGGGUGGAUAUUAGACAGAUAUGAUGUCUUAUCAGGACAUAACCCUCUUCCUUUCUUUGACAGAAGUGAGGCCCAGAAAUUCAGAAUUAUUCACAUUAAUGCAUAUCCUGAUAUUGCUUAUCCAGUGUUGUGUGAGGCAUAUUAUAGAGGAAUGUUUGGUUCUAAGUAUCUAUGGAUACUCCCAUUAUGGUAUAAUGCUGGCUGGUGGAGGUCUAAUAGUCCUUCAUCUUCUAAUAAUGAAUCAUGUACUGAUGAAAUUAUGAUUCAAGUUAUAGAUGGGAGUUUAGGCUUAGUUCCUGAUGGAUAUUUGACACUUCAGAACAAAUCAAUUGUUACAUUUUCUGGUCUGACUUCAGUUGUGUAUCUUUCAAACUACACUGAUCUACUUACAAAUGAGCCUAU